GUUGGAAUGCCCACAUUUUCCCGCUCCUUUGACCUUUAAUAAUAAUCAUCACAAUCUUUUGCACAAAACUGUGAAAUUUAGUGAAAAUUGUAUCUUAUUUGUGGAAAAGUGUUUUGAUUGCACGUUGCGCAUGAAUUGCGUACUCGAGGAGAAGUUGAUCGAUUAAUUUAAAGCCUUAAAACAUGUCAAAAGAUAUACGUUCAUUCUUCACUGUGAUUUCAAAUAAAUCAAGUGCAGCAACAGUACAGGUGCCAAAGAAAAAAGUAAAACGUUUAAUUGAUUCAGACGAGGAAGAUGUCAUCCCACCUACCCCAGACAAUAAAAGAACCAAAUCUAUAAAUGUUACUAAAAGCAAACCAACCGUUAUUCUUUCUUCAGAUUCCGAAGAUGGAACUAGUAAAACUAAAAUUAAAACAAAGCCAGUUAACAAAGAACAAAAACCGAAAUUGAGGUUAGUUAAUUUAGAGGACCUUUAUAAUAAUAAGCCUAUUAAGCAAAGUAAAGUCGAAAGCAAUCCAAAAGGAGAAAUAGUCAAACAAGAUGAACCGAAAAUUAAGAAAUCAAAAAAGAAAAAGAUUGAAACUGAAAGAGGAAUACACGGAGAUGAGACAUUUGAAAAGACCCUUAUGGAGUUGGAUGAUGAUAUGUUUAUAGAAAACUUGGAUGUGUUAGACAAAACGAUAGAUGAGGCUUUAAAUAGUAAAAAGAAAGAUGAAAGUGAGGUUAAACAAGGUAGUUCUAAAGAAAAUUCUCCUAAUAAGCCUCAAAACGGAUCAAAAAGGCAAAUAAUGUCUUCAGAAGAUGAAAGUGAGGUUAAACAAGGUAGUUCUAAAGAAAAUUCUUCUAAUAAGCCCUUAGAUAAUGAUACGUCUCUAAAGGGAUCAAAAAGGCAAAGAAAACCUUCAGAAGGAACAAGUUCUACUCCUAAAAAACCUAAAUUUGAACACACAGAUUCAGGUUUUGACCCAGAUGAAGAGGCCUUUGAAAAAAGACGAUAUUCGGCAAUGUUGUAUCAAAAAUACAAAACUAGAGGAGGACCAAGGUUGCACGGUCAAAAAGAAUCACCGAAGGGAAAUCCGAAUUGUCUUAAGAAUUUGACUUUCUUGAGAACUGGUGUUUUAGAUUCUUUGGAAAGUGAGGAAUUUGAAAAUUUAAUUGCUGAGCAUGGUGGUAGAGUGGUUAAAGCAGUGUCGAGAAAAGUUAAUUAUUUGGUUGUUGGGGAAGAUCCUGGACCAGCUAAACAGCAAAAAGCAAAAGCUUUUGGUAUAAAGGAAUUAUCUGAGGAUGAAUUGUUUGAUCUUAUACUGGUAAAAUCUGGCAAAAAACCAAAAUACGUUGUAAAAACAGAGGAUUCUCAAGAUUCAGGCGUAUUUGAAGAGAAAGAGUUGAAAUUCGAAAAGCCACACAUCACAGAAACAAAUACUAGGAAAAAAGAUGAAAAGAAAAAGCAUACAGAAAAAGAAUCGUCAAAUAAGGAGAAACCUAAUCUAAAAAGAAUCAAAAUGGAAGAAUCAAAAGUUGAACAAAAAUUACCAAAAGAAAAAGAAGUUACAGAAAUGUGCAACAAAGAAGAGAAGCCUCACAAAACAAAUUCAGAAAAAACUGUAAAAUUAUUAGAAACAUCCAAGACAACACCAGAAACUCAGUCUGAAUCAGCCGGGGAGUCUAAAGGAGAAGAAGAAGAAAAGCCUCUAUCUCUAACUUGGACAGAAAAAUAUAAACCAACGAAUACCAAAAAUAUUAUUGGCCAACAAAGCGAUUCGAGUAAUUUGGCCAAACUGAGAACAUGGUUGAAUAACUGGUACAGAAAUCAGAUACCGGAGGUGAGAGCGAAGAUCCCUCGUCCGUCGCCUUGGGCCCCCUGUGGCAACGGGGCCUAUUUUAAAGCUGCUUUGUUGAGUGGUCCUCCAGGAGUGGGAAAAACCACCACUGCUACUUUACUAUCUAAAGAACUCGGAUUUGAUGUAGUUGAAUUCAACGCAUCUGAUACUAGAAGCAAAAGAUUAUUGCAAGAAGAAGUAUCUCAAUUGUUAAAAACCACAACCAUUGCAGGUUUUGCAGCAGGAAAUGAUAACACUGAUAAUAGGAAGCGAGUAUUAUUAAUGGACGAAGUAGACGGCAUGGCUGGAAACGAAGAUAGAGGAGGCAUCCAAGAACUCAUAAAUUUAAUCAAAAAUACCAGCGUGCCCAUUAUUUGCAUGUGUAAUAACAGGAGACAUCAAAAAAUGAAAUCUUUAAUCAAUUAUUGCUUUGAACUGAUGUUUACACCUCCCAAAGUUGAACAAAUUAGGGGCGCAAUGAUGUCGAUUUGUUUCAAAGAAGGUCUCGCCCUACCCCCAAACGUUGUAGGUGAAAUAAUAGCCAGUACAGGCUGCGACAUUCGACAAACUUUAAACCAUCUAACCAUGUACGCGUCGUCAAAUAACAAUUCGUCAUUGGAACAAGUUCAGAAUAAAUGUCAGCAGUCAAAGAAAGAUACAGUAUUAGGUCCGUUUGAAGUUAUUAGAUCGGUAUUUACCGAAACCGAACCGAAAAUGAGUUUAGCUGACAAAUCCAAGCUGUUCUUCUACGAUUACAGUUUGGGACCGUUGUUUGUCCAAGAGAAUUAUUUGGGAGUGACACCUAACUGUCCAAAGAAAGCUAUUUUAAAACGGGCAGCUCAAGCGGCGGACGCGAUAAGCGUGGGAGACUUAGUAGACGCGAAAAUAAGGAGUACGAAUAAUUGGGCGCUAUUGGAGAGUCAAGCUAUGUACGCUUCGGUGUUACCCGGAUACUAUAUGUCCGGAAAAGUUACUCGUAAAAUAAAUUUUCCUAGUUGGUUGGGGAAAAACUCGUCUCGCAAUAAACGCAAGAGGCUCUUGAGCGAGUUACACUCUCACACUAGAAUGAGCACUUCCGGCGGUUCUUUAGCUUUGAAAUUAGACUAUAUAGUCCCUCUAAGAGACGCCAUAAUUACACCCUUGCUUAAACAAGGUUUGGAGGGCGUUUCCGACUCCAUAAAAGUUAUGGAAAACUACAAUUUGUUGAGGGAAGAUCUGAAUAGUCUGAUAGAACUUUGUCAAUGGAAAAACGGCUCCAAUCCGUUCAGUAAAAUACCUGCUCAGAUUAAAGCGGCGUUUACACGAGCUUACAAUAAAUCUUGUCAAAAGUUACCAUACGCAGCUGGUGCUGGAUUUUCUAAAAAGAAAGCUUCUCUGGCAGAUGAUAAUGAAGAUGAUGGGAAUGUCUCCGAAUCCGAUAUAGAAGAAAAUGAUGAUGUCAAUUCCGAUUCUCUCAUCAAAGUUAAAUCUAAGACUAAAAAUGAGGCGGCAGGUACUAGCAAAAAGGCUGGAACAAGUAAAAAAACGAAGGAUACCGUAAAAGAUGAGGCGGCACUUACCAGUAAAAAGGGUGGGACAGUUAAAGCUAAAGCAUCGGCCGGUACCAGCAAAACGAAGAAACCUGCAAAAGAAAAAACUAAAAAAUCUUGAGUAGAUUUGUUAUAUUAUAUCUAAAAAUUAUUUUGUCUUUAUUUUGAUUGUUUAUUAGCUUUUAGUUUUAUUUUUAUAUUUUAAUUCCUUCUAGAAUUUUUGUUCUAAAAAACAACACUUUUUUUAAAUUAUAAAUAAAAUGUUUUGAUCAUUAA